AUGAUGAUGCUGAUUGAUGCAGUUUUGGCAGAGCUGAGUCUAAGCAUUCAACAACACUAUAAGCCUUCAUCGUUAGAAGAGAAUGUUCAAAUGAAAGCUGAUCUGUGUAGUAUCAUGAGAGGAAGUGGAGAAGAGACAGUGGCGUGGAAAUACUUUACCAGAGAUGUUGUGCCGUUUGCUGCAAUGUUUACAGUUGAGUGUACCACUGUUGGGUCAAACACACUCUUCAAGGCUGCAAGUUUAAGAGGAUUGAGCUUUUAUGUCUUUCUCUUCUACUCUUACGUUGUUGCUACACUUCUCCUUCUUCCACUUUCUUUCAUCUUUGGAAGGUCAAGAAGAUUACCUCCAGCCAAGUCUCCUCUUUUCUUCAAGAUAUUCUUGCUUGGGCUUCUUGGGUUCAUGGCGCAGCUAGCUGGAUGUAAAGGAAUAGAAUAUAGUUCUCCUACUCUUGCCUCUGCUAUGACUCUAUGA